AUGAUUAUCAUCAUCACCACCACCACCACCACCACCAUCAUCAUUAGCAUAUUCCAUCUCAAAAUACCCCAGGAUCCACUCCGUCUGUCGGGCGACCGCAUGUUCCAAAUCUCGGCUGGGGGCUUCAUCGCCUACGGCCCUUUCCGAGAGAUUUCACAGGCAAAAUGUUCGCCGAUGCCUACGGUCCGCUCUCCUAACAGGGAACUCAACUCAAAACGGAAUACAUCUGCAUCUGGAGCUUAA